GGAUUCAACGGGCUUCUCCGAAAACCUUCCCCAGUUCUGGAUAUGAAAUUCCAGCUGCUUGCUGAGUGCUAAUGCCGGCUGCCGGGAGGCAGGAGAGCCCUAAGGAGUAGCCACUCAGCAGCAGCCGACGCUUGGGUCCACCAUGAACUGGGGGAUCUUUGAGGGACUCCUGAGUGGGGUCAACAAGUACUCCACAGCCUUCGGGCGCAUCUGGCUGUCCCUGGUCUUCAUCUUCCGCGUGCUGGUGUACCUGGUGACGGCAGAGCGCGUGUGGAGUGACGACCACAAGGACUUCGACUGCAACACACGCCAGCCUGGCUGCUCCAACGUCUGCUUCGACGCGUUCUUCCCCGUGUCCCAUGUGCGCCUAUGGGCCCUGCAGCUCAUCCUGGUCACGUGCCCCUCGCUGCUUGUGGUCAUGCAUGUGGCCUACCGGGAGCUUCAGGAGAAGAGGCACCAAGAAGCCUAUGGGGAGGAUGGUGGGCGCCUCUACCUGAACCCCGGCAAGAAGCGGGGUGGGCUCUGGUGGACGUACGUCUGCAGCCUGGUGUUCAAGGCCAGCGUGGACAUCGCCUUUCUCUAUGUGUUCCACUCAUUCUACCCUAAAUAUAUGCUCCCUCCUGUGGUCAAGUGCCACGCAGAUCCAUGUCCCAAUAUAGUGGACUGCUUCAUCUCCAAGCCCUCAGAGAAGAACAUCUUCACCCUCUUCAUGGUAGCCACAGCGGCCGUCUGCAUCCUGCUCAACCUUGUGGAGCUGAUCUACCUGGUGAGCAAGAGGUGCCACGAGUGCCUGGCAGCAAGGAGAGCCCGAGCCAUGUGCACAGGCCAUCACCCACACGGCGCUACCUCUCCCUGCAAACAGGAUGACCUCCUUUCAGGCGACCUCAUCUUUCUGGCUUCAGACAGUCAUCCUCCUCUCUUACCAGACCGCCCUCGAGACCACGUGAAGAAAACCAUCCUGUGAGGGGCUGCCUGGACCGGGUUGGCAGGUUGGGCCUGGAUGGGGAGGCUCUAGCAUCUCUUACAGGUUCAACCUGAGAGUGGGGACGCUAACCCGUGAGGUGGGGGCAGGCAAGAGACAGGAUUCUGACAGUCUGGAAUCCAACUCCUAGUCCUCCCCUCCAGCCACCUGCCCCAGCUGGACAGCCAUGGACCAGCUCCCCUCCGCUCUAUAGCUCAGUUUCCUUUUCUGUAGAAUGGAGAUCGUGAGGGCUACUGCACAGGGCUGGAGGAAGGAGGAGGGGGCAUUCAUAGAAGAACACACAUGUAGGCACCUUCGAGUGUGUGGCCCACUGUCAGGGCUUAAUAAAAGUCAACCCGUUUGCUGAUUCCA